AGAGCCACAAGGGGAAGGCUGCGUUUCCAGAACCUGAGGUGAACCAAGAGAAGGGGAAGGAGAUGGAAGAGGAGGACCCAGAAGGACCUGGAAAUGACCAGAGAUCAAGCAACGGUCCCCAUCUCAUCCAAACAGGGAGUGGUGUUGAAUUCUGGGAAAGGGCUGGGCCAGAGAUCUUGGCUAAGGACACCAUGACCUCAGAUGUACAUUGCCAACACUUCAGGCAGUUCUGCUACCAGGAGGCUGAUGGGCCCCGAGAAGUUUGCAGCCAGCUCCAUGGACUUUGCAGCCAGUGGCUGAAGCCGGAGAGGCACACCAAGAAGCAGAUCCUGGACCUGGUGAUCCUGGAGCAGUUCCGGACUCUCCUUCCCCAGGAAAUGCAGUGCUGGGUCAGAGGAUGUGGGCCGGAGACCAGUUCCCAGGCGGUGGCCCUGGCCGAAGGUUUCCUCCUGAGUCAGGCAGAGGAGAAGAGGCAGGUAGAGCAGGUGAGAGGGAUUCCUCCUCUAAGUUCAAGCUUAUCCUAA